AAUCCGAUGGUAAAGGCCAUUAUAAUGCAAAUUGUAAAUACUGUAUUAAAGAAAGGUGGAAACGAGGCAGACCUUCGGUUAUGGAAUCCCAUCUGGCUCUGCAUUGCAAAGGCGAUGUUCCCGAUAAAAUAAGACAGCAUUGGCUAGUUCAA